UUUUGUUCUUUCACACGUCUAUGGGUUCAUAAUGAUCUUUUCGGGAACAGGUAGGAGGAAAAGAUAAAUUCAGACCAUCGGGAUCUACUCUCAUAUUUGACUUUAUUAAAUGAAGAUCAGUCACCAGACGAGAGAAAAUAUAUAGAACUAAGGAUAUAUAACGUUAUAGCGCUUCUGAACAAAAUGACCACGGAGAAGCGAAAGUGAAAGUAACUUAAAGACCUAAUGUUAACUAAAAGCUCGUAUCAGUGUUUCCGUCAAGCGUAUUCAAAGGUUGUCAUAUUAGUAUUUGUCAGUUGGAACAAGACUUUUAGCAGUUUAUGAACCGUUUGUUUUUACAUUUUAACACAUUUGUCCAGUAGUUGUAUCGACGUCAAGGCCAUGGAGCUGAAUAAGAGUGUACACUUGAGAUGACUGCUAAAUGAGGCUAUGGACACACAUGAAGAGGAAGAUGAUGUGGGGACGAUGGAGUGUGAACGAUUAAGACCAGAUAAAGCACCAUCUCCAUCACCUUCAGUCACAUCUUUACAAAGUGACCAGUCACUGGAUCGACCGAUACUGUUCAAAGAUGGAUCUCAGAGUUUUCUGGCGAUAGAAAGGUUGAGACAAGGUCAGUCAACAUCUCCAGCACCUUCAGUCAUAUCUCUACAAAGUGACCAGUCACUGGAUCGACCAAUAAUGUUCAAAGAUGGAGCAGAGCAUAAAAAGAGGAAUAAAAGGCUGAGACCAGAUAAAGCAACGUCUCCAGCGCCCUCCUGUACAUCUCUACAAAGUGACCAGUCACUAGACCGACCGAUACUGUUCAAAGAUGGAACUCAGAGCAAUGAAAGGUUGAGACAAAGUCAAACAACAUCUCCAGCCCCUUCAUGCACGUCUCUACAAAGUGACCAGUCACUGGAUCGUCCGAUACUGUUCAAAGAUGGAGCAGAGAGUUUCCUUAGCAAUAAAAGAAUGAGACCAGAUAAAAUAACAUCUCCAGCACCUUCUUCUACAUCUCUACAAAGUGACCAGUCAUUGGAUCGACCAAUAAUGUUUAACGUUGGAGCUCUGGGGAAUGAAAGGCUAAGACCAGAUAAAGCAACAUCUCCAGCACCGUCUUCUACAUCUCUAAAAAGUGACCAGUCACUGGAUCGGCCAAUACUAUUCAAAUAUGGUACACAGAGUAUAAGGAGGAGUAAAAGGCUAAGACCAGAUGAAGCAACAUCUCCAGCACCGUCUUCUACAUCUCUAAAAAGUGACCAGUCACUGGAUGGGCCAAUACUAUUCAAAAAUGUUACACAGAGUAUAAGGAGGAGUAAAAGGCUGAGACCAAAUAAAGCAACAUCUCCGGCACCGUCCAGCACAUCUCUGAGAAGUGACCAGUCACUGGACCGACCGAUACUGUUCAAAGAUAGAGCACAGAUUAUAAGAAUGAGACCAGAUAAAAUAACAUCUCCAGCACCUUCUUCUACAUCUCUACAAAGUGACCAGUCACUGGAUCGACCAAUAAUGUUUAACGUUGGAGCUCUGGGGAAUGAAAGUUUUACCAAGAAGAGUGCUGAGGAACCAUUUGAUAGACACAUUUCAUUUCGAAAAGACACGCUAUCUCCAGAUAUCAGCACACUUUCAGCCACUCUGCUGACAGAGGAUCACUACAAGUGUCCAGUGUGCACAAAAGUCUUCAAGGAUCCAGUUUCCAUCCCCUGUGGACACAGUUAUUGCAAACACUGCAUUGAGAUCUACUGGAGCAAACCAACUCAAGCUGGAGCUUACGCUUGUCCUCAGUGCAGAAAGAGGUUCAGAGAUCGUCCUGUGUUGAAUGUAAAUGUGGCUUUGUCUAAACUGAUUGAAGAACUCCAGAAGGCAGGGUUUAGUCCUGCUCUUCCUGCUCACUGCUACGCUGGACCUGAAGAUGUGGCCUGUGAUAUCUGCACUGAGAUGAAGCUCAAAGCUGUUAAAUCCUGUUUGACCUGCACUGCAUCUUACUGUGAGACACACAUCAGACAACACUACACAGUACCAGCACUGCAGAGACACAACCUGGUGGAGCCUUUUUAUUUACCACAUCACAUUGAGACUACCAGAAUGUUCAGAGCUGAGAAAGAACUGCUUGAAGAGAUGAAAGGGCUGACGGUAAAACUAACUAAACUGGAAGCGACUCUGAGAGACAAAGAAGCACAGGCCAAGCGUUUGUGUAAAGGAUUUGAAGUUCACUGUAAUGAUUUUCCCUCAGAUGUAAUUGAAAUUGCUGCUUUAGGUCGACCUUUGAGCCUUGGAACAUUGUAUGAGAGUAACAGUGACUCUUUUAGCCAAAACAGUUUUCUGUGGAAUGAAAACUCUAUUGCGUGUAUGAAAGUGUCUCUGCCUCGGCCUCAAACAGAGGUCAAGGUUCUGGAAGGUGACUCCCUACAGGAGAGAUUCAGAGCCCUUGAAACAUCUCCUGUGUUAAGAGCAAGAACUUUGCAUGGAUUGUUAGAAGUAAGUGGAGCUGCAGCCUUUUUGAACCACCCAGUUCAAUCUCAAGACCAGGACAGAGUUACACUACAUUACAGAACCACCACCAGACUGGACAUGAUCAGCCAAAGACUCUUACAAGAAGGAGCUCCUGUCUCAGUCAUUAAUGCAACCACAGCUACACAUGUGAUCAUCGCAGUGUUCUAUGGAGCCCAAGCUUUCUUUGUUUUUGAUAGUAAAAACAAAAUUUCUGAGAAGAAUACAGAAAUGAAAAAGGUGGUGAAGAAGAUGACCUCUUUGGUUUGUUCAGAUUUACACCUGGAUGUCAAAGAAAAAACUAAAAGCUUGUAUGACUGCAGUCUCUACAUUGAUGUGGGUAGUUGGAAGAGUCCAGUGUCUUUUGAUAAGGCAGUGGAGAUCUAUGGUUCUCUCCCAACACUGCUUGGAUCCAAAGGUGAGAGAGCAGUUCCUCUGAAGGUCUGGCUGUAUCCUCUGAAGAAACUGGACAAGAGCUCUGUGUGUGCUGCUCUAAGUGAAGUCAGUGAAACCUUGAUGCAUCAAGCUGAGAACAUUCUGGAACAUCUGAGAAAACAGAUCAGGAUCUGUCAGAAUUUAAUGACUAGCCAAACAAAUCUAACUGUGAUUAUGUGGUUCCCUGCACUAAAAGAUAAAUUAAUUGAAUUUUCAGAGCUACUGAAGGAGUACAAAGAAGAUCUUCAGAGAGAAAUCACUGAGAUGGACGAAGUCAUUCAUGUUAAAGAUGAAAAAGUAAAGAAUAAACUCCAAAAUAUCUUAGCGCGACACAGGCAAUCACCAUUCAGUGCAGAGAAAACAAACAAGUGGCUGGAGAAUAAAGAAACUGAACUGAAGACUCUGAAUGACUGCAAAGCUGCAGACAUCACUGUUGUGAAAUCACAGGCAGAGUUACAGCAGAUCAUAGGCCACUCACAGAUGACUAGAGUGAUGUGUCUCACUCUUUUCUCACCAGAAGCUAAGGAUUUAUUUCUUGCAACUUUAAAGCAGCACAUUGAAUCUCACAACACUGUACAAAAUGAUUCUCUUCUGCUCAGGCCUGUUAGCAUCAAUCAGAAAGUGCUCAUUGACGUACAGCUGUUUAUUGCUGCUAAAGAAGCAAAUGACGAUACAGAGCAAACCAAAUUCAUUGCUGCAUCUGUGUCUGGUGAUUGUUUUCAAGAAUACUCUGUACAGUUUUAUCAUGCUGGGACAAUUAUGAGCAGAAAUGUGAAGCUUGGACUGAAACCAGAUCCUCCUCAAAUAGCUCACAUACAGCACACUAAUGUGUCUUUAAAACUAAAUCAUUUGCUGAACAAAAGCACUGAGAGAUAUGUGGUGGAGUAUGGAGUUGUGAGUAAUGAUGGAAUGGAUAAUACAUGGAAACAGAUAGUUUAUCCUGAGGCUUUAAAAGAAUUACAUGUUCUAUCAGGUUUGGAACAAGACACAGAAUAUCAACUCAGAUAUGCAGUCGCUGACAACCAAUGUAUGAGCAACUUUAGCUGGAUUGGUAACUUUAAAACAGCUUCUGCAGCAAGACCUGGACAACCCUCUGUUAAGAUGAACAGAGAUGCAAUCAUAGUCAGCUGGUUGAAAGCUGAAUCUGAUGAAGAUUGUCCAGUGCUGCGGUAUAUGGUUGAAUAUAAAGAAGCUGGUCUGGAGGGCUGGUCAUCAGUACAAACACAAGGACCUGAGUGUGAAUGUACUUUAACUGUACCUCACAGCACCUGCUAUAGAGUCAGAGUCUCUGCUGUCUAUGAGAACAUCACCAGCAAACCCAGUGAGGAGACACCAGUACCAGUGGAUGUCUGGUCCAUUGACCUCUCAGUAAGAAAGAGCUCCAUCCUCCUAGAAGUGCUGAAACUCCAAAGAUUGAAGAAACCUGUAGAACUGAUGGGCUGGUCAGAUGAAGAGAAUGAAGUGAAGGGAUUCCUGCAGUGUCUGCCCUACAUCUCACAACUGAGAUUCACACAACCAGAGAGGAUAUCCUGUGAAGAAUGGGAGAAACAAAAAAGAUCAUUUCUGUUGAAUCUGUGUCUGCAAGCUGCUCUCACAGAUACACCAGGCACCACAGAGACAAAUGUAGAAACACUGUUGUCAGUUGAGGAAUAUGAGAAAUGUGGUUUCCUGCUGGAUCUGUGUUCACAUGUGAAGGACUAUGAGAGUCAAACAGGCAGGAGUGUCCUUCCAGCAUUACAGCCAAUUUAUCAGUCAGCUCCUGCAGUCUGGAGCAUAAAGCUCUCAGAGAGAAAGAGCUCCAUCCUCCUAGAAGUGCUGAAACUCCAAACAGAGAAGAAACCAGUAGAGCUGAGAGACUGGACAGAUGAAGAGAGUGAAGUGAAGGGAUUCCUGCAGUGUCUGCCCUACAUCUCACAACUGAGGUUACCUUCCCCAAAUAAUGAAAACCUCAAAGCAAGCAACCAGAGAUCAAGAUUAUUGAAAUUUCAUACGUGUCUGCAAGUGCCUGUUUUACAGAAAGAAAUAACAGACACAUCUAUCAACACAUUAUACUCUUACAUAUCAAAUGGAAAUUGUGAUUUUCUGCUGGAUCUGUGUUCACAUGUGAAGGACUAUGAGACUCAAACAGGCAGGAGUGUCCUUCCAGCAUUACAGCCAAUUUAUCAGUCAGCUCCUGCAGUCUGGAGAAUAAACCUCUCAGAGAGAAAGAGCUCCAUCCUCCUAGAAGUGCUGAAACUCCAAACAGAGAAGAAACCAGUAGAGCUGAGAGACUGUACAGAUGAAGAGAGUGAAGUGAAGGGAUUCCUCCAGUGUCUGCCCUACAUCUCACAGCUGAGAUUUGCUGUACCACACAAUAAAACAACUAGAUCAUGGGACAAAAGAAAGAGAUUAUUUAUACUGGAUCUGUGUCUGCAAACUGCACUCCAUCAGAAAGAGACAAUAGAAGAAACUGUGAAGAAACUGCUAUCAUCUGUGAAAUAUGAAAAAUCUGAUUUCCUGCUGGAUCUGUGUUCACAUGUGAAGGACUAUGAGACUCAAACAGGCAGGAGUGUCCUUCCAGCAUUACAGCCAAUUUAUCAGUCAGCUCCUGCAGUCUGGAGCAUAGAUCUCUCAGAGAGAAAGAGCUCCAUCCUCCUAGAAGUGCUGAAACUCCAAACAGAGAAGAAACCAGUAGAGCUGAUAGACUGGACAGAUGAAGAGAGUGAACUGAAGGGAUUCCUCCAGUGUCUGCCCUACAUCUCACAGCUGAGGUUGAAAACAGACCUUUUUGAUGACGAGGAUGUUUCUGCUGCACAGUGUCUCUUAAACCUGAGUGUUGCAGCUUCAGAGUUUGAUUCACAUACAGGAGGGAAUUACACUCAACUAUUAACAUCUGUGUGCAGUUACACAUAUUUCCCCUUUAAUGAGGGUGAUUAUGAUUAUUAUUCUGAAUGUAAAUAUCAUCAGUCUGAUUUCCUGCUGGAUCUGUGUUCACAUGUGAAGGACUAUGAGAGUCAAACAGGCAGGAGUGUCCUUCCAGCAUUACAGCCAAUUUAUCAGUCAGCUCCUGCAGCCUGGAUCAUAAAGCUCUCAGAGAGAAAGAGCUCCAUCCUCCUAGAAGUGCUGAAACUCCAAACAGAGAAGAAACCAGUAGAGCUGAGAGGCUGGACAGAUGAAGAGAGUGAAGUGAAGGGAUUCCUGCAGUGUCUGCCCUACAUCUCACAGCUGAGAUUUUGUAAAGACACCUUGGAUGAAGAAGAUAAGAAAGAGUCAGCAUUCAAGUAUCUGGUGAAUCUGAGUGCUGCAGCUACAGAGGAAAACAACACUGCAUUACUGACAUCUGUGAUCAGCUACACAUCUUUCCCCUAUGAUGAAGAUGAUAUGUAUCUGUUUGAACAGUGUGAUUUUCUGCUGGAUCUGUGUUCACAUGUGAAGGACUAUGAGAGUCAAACAGGCAGAAGUGUCCUUCCAGCAUUACAGCCAAUUUAUCAGUCAGCUCCUGCAGUCUGGAGCAUAAAGCUCUCAGUAAGAAAGAGCUCCAUCCUCCUAGAAGUGCUGAAACUCCAAACAGAGAAGAAACCAGUAGAGCUGAGAGACUGGACAGAUGAAGAGAGUGAACUGAAGGGAUUCCUCCAGUGUCUGCCCUACAUCUCUGAAUUGAGGAGAGUUGAGCAGUUCAUCCCAUCACUUUGUGAAGUGUUUGGGUCCAGAGUUGAGGCAGAGCAGGUGACUCCUCUGCUCCAGGCUUUGGACUUCACAGUCACACUGAGUGGAAAAUUACCCAGCAGCACCUGCAGAUCUGUGGGGAGAGUUCUGGGCCUUUCACCCUCAAAACUAAACCUGACUCUAAAGACACAAGCCAUUUCUGUCAGAGGAACCAGACUGCUCUUCAAACACAUCAAACACCUGCAGAAGCUGAGUCUGGAAGACAAAAUGUUAGUGAGGAUGGUCAGAGCACUGAGGUCAUUUAAGGGUCCUGUUUUGCUGACCACAGAGGAGCUUUCACUGGUCACAAGAGACUCAAAACAAAGUCUCUCUCAGAUCCUGAGCAACUUGACGUCUCUCCUGAGACUACUGUCUGUCCAGUGUUUGGAUCUUACUGAGUGUAAAUCAGAGGCUCUGUCUCUCACACCAGUGUUGGGUCUCCAGGAACCUCUGUCUAUCAGGCUCUCUAAAGAAACUCUUGAGCAGCUGGUUUCAGUGGUGUAUGAAGCACAGGAUGAUGAACUGACGCGCUGCUUUCUGAAGAAGGUUUCUGAGGAUCUGACUUCCUGCUCACUGACCUGGGAAGUGAUUCAUUACCUGCUGCAACAUCAAGCUCUAAACCUGAAGUUGGACUUUAGAAAGAGCAAAAUCUCUUUUGAAAACAUCAGAGAACUUCUGCCGGUGUUAGACAGAAUCCAGCUGAAACGGUUAAGCCCCAGCUUCUCUCUGUCCAUAAUCACUUACAUCAAUAAGACUCCAUUCCCACAAUAUCUGUGCACUCUGCCCACAUACGUGAAGAAUUAUAUCAACCUGAAUGGCCGAGUGUUGGACUCUGUUCACUGCGCUGCCCUGCGCUUCACUCUGCAGCACUGCAACACUGUCAAACUCAAUCUGCUCUGGACCUCCAUACCAGCAGAGGAGCUCCAGAGCUUUCUGCCUUUACUCAGCAGAGUCACACAACUCAGUGUUGACAGGCUGCUGUUGCUGAAGCUGCUUCGUUGCUGCAGUUCCUCUGAUCUCCAGCAGGAGGCAGCAGAUGUUCUUCUCUCUGCUCUUCACUACAGACUGGACUUCUCCUGCUGCUCUGCUCUGGAUUUAACAGACACACUGGAAAACCAAGAACAUUUGAAACUAACUGAAAAAGACUGUAGAAUAAUCUCAUCUGUGCUUCAGAAAACUCAGAGUGUUGUGAAAUUAAUUUUACAGGACUGUGAAAUUUCUGAUACAGCUUUGAAACAACUUUGGCCAAUCCUGCCUCAAGUCCAGCUGAGCUGCAGUAAAGCUCUGCUGCUGCAGUUUCUGGCUUGUAUUAGUAAAGAUGGAUCUCAGAGAGGCUCUUUGAGGAGCGCUGAGGCUCUUUCACAGGCUUUGGGAGGAGAGAUGGACCUCAGUCACACUCAGAUGGACCCGAGAGCUUGUGAACAGCUGGCGCUGUUUCUGGAAUAUUCUGAAGGACUGACAGAACUGGAUCUCAGUCACUGCAAACUCACUGAUCUCUGCAUGGAGCCGCUGCUGCCACAUCUGCACAAAACCCAGACCCUGGAGUGA